AUGCCUGCCUUUGGACGCGGCGGAGCGGGAAACAUCGAAGCACUCAAUGCGACGAAGACGAGCAACGCGACAAACGAGAAGAUAUCCGCAGACCUUGAACGCAACCAGCAAGACGCCGAGGACUACGCCGGCACUGCACAUCCAGCUCUUCACAAUCAAGAAUACGCGCACACUGGACGCGGAGGAGCUGGAAACUACUACUCUCCUCGCGAACUCAAUGCGACUGGCAAGUUCGAAGGCGCAGACACAAGUCAUGUUCUAGGUGAUGGUACACCUGCUCCCAAGACGAACGAGAAAGACAAGGAGCCGGUGGCUGUUCGUCAUGGCAGAGGAGGAAUGGGCAACUUCUUUGGCGUGGACGAGGACAUGGCGAACAAGUUGAGGAAGAAGCAGGAGGACGAGGCGCAAAAACAGCAGGAGCUGAAGCAGCAGAUCGAGGAGGGUGUCGACGACGUGUUGUCUCGUCCUGAGAAGGCACGUCUGCCCGGUGGUGAACCUUUCUAG